UCCACACCACUACCCUAGUGUCUAGUUGCACAAAAUGGAACAAGCAAGUACAAGAGAGAUAUCAAAGAUGGAGAAGAUAGAGCACACAACAGUGGCCACCAAUGGCAUCAACAUGCACAUAGCGUCAAUAGGGACAGGCCCAGUGAUCCUCUUCCUCCACGGCUUCCCUGAGCUCUGGUACUCAUGGCGCCACCAGCUUCUCUCCCUAUCCUCCCAUGGCUACCGUUGCAUAGCCCCUGACCUCCGUGGCUUCGGUGACACUGACGCGCCGCCCUCCGCCGCCUCCUACACCUCUUUCCACAUUGUCGGUGACCUUGUUGGCCUUCUUGAUCAUCUGGGUAUCGACCAAGUCUUCUUGGUCGGCCAUGACUGGGGAGCUGUGAUGGCCUGGAACUUUUGCAUGUUCAGGCCAGACCGGGUCAAAGCAUUGGUCAACUUGAGCGUGCCAUAUUUACGCAGGAACCCAGCGAUGAAGCCUGUGGAUUCCUUGAGAGCUUUAUUAGGUGAUGAUUAUUACUUUUGCAGGUUUCAGGAACCUGGAGAAGCUGAAAAGGAUUUUGCUUGUGUGGAUACUCCAAUUCUAAUGAAGAAGUUGUUUUCAGCUUUUGGUCCAGAGCUUGUAUUCAUACCCAAAGAAGUAGGAUUUAGAGGAUUGAAAACUCCAGAUACCUUGGUCUCAUGGUUGUCAGAAGAAGAUGUUAAUUAUUACGCGAACAAAUUCAACCAGAAAGGCUUCACUGGAGGAUUGAACUACUAUCGAGCUUUUGACCUAAACUGGGAGCUCACAGCACCAUGGAAUGGAUUACAAAUCAAAGUACCUGCAAAGUUCAUUGUGGGUGACUUAGACAUCGUCUACCAUAUGCCAGGUACCAAGGAAUAUAUUCACAGUAGUGCCUUCAAGAAGGAUGUGCCAGAUUUGCAAGAUGUAGUUGUGAUGGAAGGAGUAGCUCACUUUAUCAACCAAGAAAAGCCAGAGGAGAUCAACACGCACAUAUAUGACUUUAUCAAGAAGUUUUAAAUGCCAUUGACCACAUUGGCAUGCUAAAUUCCUAAAUAUCUGAUCUGCAAUUGAAAUUUUACUUUAGAAUGUGCCAACACAAUGUCUGAUCAAGUCAAUAAAGAGUCCAGAGGUAGAGAGAAGUAUUCAUUAUCAUGGGGCAUGCGUAAGUUCCUGUUCCUGUAUUUGUAUCUCAAAAACUACCCCAUUUCUCUGCAUAUUAUUAUCUGAAUAAGGAGUUUUGAGUACAUUGCAAUUUGCAAUUAAUGUCUAUUUGAGCA